CCCAGGACCUGCAUUCACUAUAUCUGGUUACUAAACCCAGGACCCUGCAUUCACUAUAUCUGGUUACUAAACCCAGGACCCUGCAUUCACUAUAUCUGGUUACUAAACCCAGGACCCUGCAUUCACUAUAUCUGGUUACUAAACCCAGGACCCAGCAUUCACUAUAUCUGGUCUCCCACAGUUCACAAAACAUUGAAGUGCAAUUAUUUUAGUAAAUAUAAACUGCUAAAUACCUUUUCUUAUCAGCAGUAUAUAGCAGUCUUGGGACUUCUAGCAGGAGUUUUCAGACUCCUUUAGGAGGAUGCAGGACCUCUGUCUGGACAGUGCCGAUUGGCCCUGUGCUGAUCACAUGCACUCUCCCCCCCCAAAAAAAAUAAAAAAACAAUAAACACCAAACAUAGCAUGUGCAGAGUGACUCUACACGCUAUGUCUUAUCAGGAGAUAAGAGGGGGACACUGGAAGAAGAGGAGGAUCAGAGAAGUCAGGAUCAAACAGCCUUUUUACACAAUGCAGAGGAUUAACCCCUUAGGUUCCACAGUGAGUAUAACAAGCACGCUUUACUGCAUAUACAGACUGAUUUUACUGUUGUGGGUUUAG